AUGUCUGACGAUGCUUCCCUACGAAACUCUCCAGACUACAGCCCCAUGGACAACGAGUCGGAGCAGGGCUUGACGAAGACGGCUUCUAGAUGGAGCACGGCUAGGUACCAUGUGUACAGCUUUCGCUAUCUCUUGGGGCUCAUGGCGAUAGGCACCUUGCAAAGCACGAUCUCACCAAGCGUUCCAUACAUCGAGAACACGUUCUUCGCAGAAAAGUACGGUGGGGACGAUUGCGAGGCCCAUCCGUCUUCGGAUCCAUGCCGAAAGGGUGCAACUGAUGCAGCUCAGAUCGGCAGCUUCACUAACGCGGCAGCGCAUGCAGCGGCUAUGUUCAUGGCUGUCUGCUUGGGAUCCUACAGUGCCAUGCCCGUCUUUCUUCGCUUGUGCUUGUUCCGCGGGCUUCUGGUGCUGGCGUCUCAAUAUGACCCACACCUUCCGCAGAAAAGUCCUUGGUUCGAAGGCUGGUAUACUCGCAUCAGCGAGACUCCAACUGGUCAAUCUGUUGGCCUGAUCGUGGGGCAUUAUCCGGAGAAGGCCCAGUUGACUGAUGCAGCGGCAUAUUUGGCCCUUAUCAUCGAUGAGGGCAAGGGCAAGACAACAGUCGUCGAGGCAAAUCCGCCGGGAUUGACGGUUCUUAAGCAUGGGGCCGCCAUUGCCAAUGAACCAGAUGAUGCCUCGGAGCCAGAUUUCGAGGUCAGCGGUGGUAACGGUACACUGAUGAUGAAGCAGACGGGCACGCAGCAGCGGAUCUCCAUGUGGUUUCCUUCGCAAGGCUUCCGCUUCGAGGCGAAUCUCACGGAUCCUGUCCCAUGGAGUUCGUCCGGGCAGUCGCCUGAAGGUUGGGCCGGAAAGCUGCCUUUCUUGGCUCUCCACUGGUUCGUGUAUUCCCUGAGUUCUCAUGCCAGCUACCGGCUGGAGUCGCCCACGGGUGUCGUUCUCGGCCAUGGCCGGGCGCACCAGGAGAAGAACUGGGGCCAAUCCUUUCCAAAAUCUUGGACCUGGGGAGAAGGACUUCAAGGUGCGAGCAAGAUCGCGUUCGCAGGCGGCACCGUGCCCCUGGGACCCCUGAAGGUUCCAGAUGCUUACUUGUUGGGGCUCCGCACCUCGAAGCUGAACUGGAACUUUCACCCACAGGAUCCAGCCGUCUUUUGGGUCUCGAACGAUGCCUGCCGGGGUCGCUUGAAUGUGACGGCCAUUGCUGCAGAUCGGCUGCUGCGGCUCUCCAUCCAGGCAAGCGCUGAAGAGACGGACGGACUCUUCAAGGUGCAGGGCCCUACAAUGAGUGGUUUCAAGGCAGACUCCUUCGAGAGCUAUCGUGCUACGAUCACUGUGGAGGCAUUCUCAGGCAUCUUGCACGACAAGCUUGAGGAGAGGAUUGAAUUUAGGCAGUCGGCAAUUGAGUUCGGAGGGGAGGCUUGGAUGUGCCCAUCAACUUCGUCCCGAACAAGGCCCGAGCGCGAGCCCAUGGCGCCUGCACUUCUUCGAGCCGCUGAGCCGAAGCAUCCGCGGCGAGUGCGGAAAGAGCUGCGCAGCCUCUCAGUCCAGCAGCGUGACCGUGUGUUCAAUGCCAUGAACAUCAUGAAGAAGACGUCUACUCUGCAGGGCCAGGUUUCUUUCGGUCGCCGCUACGUCUCGUACGACGACUUGGUCGCGCAGCACCUCCAAGCUGCAGCUGCAAGGCACUGUGAUGAGGCCCACUUAGGACAGGCUUUCGCUACCUACCAUCGUGCCUUCACACUCCGAUUUGAAGAAAGCCUUCUGGCGGUUGACCCAAGUAUUGGUGCUUUACCCUACUGGGACUACAACAUCGAGGCAAAGAGCAAAAACCCUCGUGAGAGCGAGAUUUGGGAGUGGUUCGGAAGCAGCGAAGGUGACCCUGCCCAGGGCAAUGCAGUGAAGGACGGGAGGUUCGGGCACUGGCGCGUUGCUGCGGCCAAGGAGAUCUCCAACUUAUCGAACUCCUUUGGUCUUUUACGAAGCCCUUGGAACGUGAACCCGUCGCCUUUCAUCACCCGACAUCGCUUCUCUUGUGGCUCGCAAACUCAUUUUGAAGCAAGCUUCUGGGAGCUGUGCCUGAGGGCACCUACCUACUUGGAGUGGUAUGCGUGCGUUGACCCAACAAUUCAUACCUGGGCUCACAGCUUCCUGGGAGGUAUUUGGGACACGGAGCGCAAUGUUUCUCGAGUGGAGUGCUUCGCGACGAAUGCCAUUGGCAUCCCCGCUGCGUGGAGCGACGACUGCCUGCAGUGCGAACAAAAUUGCACAGAGCCAGAUGAGGCCCAGCGCUCUUGCGCGUGUCACCGGUCCGGGGAGCUACGCUGCUUGGCGGAUAGGAUUCUGGCCCACAAGGCACCGACAUAUGGGGACUUCGCCGAUGCCUGGACAUCACCGAAUGACCCCAUCUUCUUCUUCCACCAUGCCAAUGUUGACAGGCACCUUAUGACCUGGCAGCAGAGACAUCUGGAAAAGGCUCCCCACUUCGGAUUUCUUGAGCCCUCCAUACCAUGUAAAGGCCAUGGUCUGAAGGACAUCAUUGGAGCAGCUCAUCCUUUCGAUGGCUCAUUACUUGGACUUGAGGACGGCCGGCCGUUGACCAACGAAGAGGUUCUGGCAGCCGAUGGGAUUCACACAGGCCCAUAUACCUACGACACCCUCAAGCAAGCAGAGCAGCGGCCCUCUUUGCGCAGUCGCCGCGGAGAAUGGUCUGGACAGGCUUUGGCUUCAGCAGUCAGGCACAUGUCAUCAAAGCCAGCAAAGUGA